GUGCUUAUGUUAAAGAGGGAAGCUGAGAGAGAGUGGUAUUUCUGAGCUCUAGUCAAAAGUUUCACUUCUUGGGUUUUCUCUUCUGUUCUGUUCACAAAUGAAUGAGACCACUCAAUAGAAGUGUCCAGUAAAAUGUUUCUUCACUGGGGUUUUUUUUUCUCUGAGAGUCCCAAAAGGUCUGAAGUAUUGUAUUGUAUUGUAUACUAACUGAUUUUGGGGUCACACACAUUGGUGGUGUUCUUUUUCUGUGAUGAUAUACAUAUGCAAAAAAAAAAGAUGAGAUCUCUGAGUGGUGUAGGGCUAGGUUUGAGUCUUGUUUUUGGGUGUCUUUUAUUAGCCCUAAUUGGUGAGCUCUACUACUUGCUAUGGUGGAAGAAGAGACUCACCACCACCAACAGAGACAUUGAAAGAGAGUUCUUGUACACAUUUUGCUGCAAAAAGCCAUCUUCUUUAACCUCCACAGCUCUAGACCCUCAACAGCUCUCUUCUGCAGCAACAACAACAAUCACAGACACCCAUGUCCAUGACGAAUCACAAUCUCAUGACUUUUGGUUCAAACCCUUUGGAGAGGACACUGAGCUCAUGAGGCUCCAAAGCCUCUCUGGCCCACCAAGAUUUCUCUUCACCAUCAAAGAAGAAACAAAGGAAGAUUUGGAAUCCGAGGAUGACAACAACAAGAGUAGGAGCUUGAGUGAUCUGCUCCUCACAGUGGAGACUCCUCCAUUCUUGACGCCUCUUGCUUCACCAUCUUGUUUCACUCCACCUCUCACACCCAUGGAUUGUUCACACAGUCACCAUAAAUGCAAACAUCCCAAAUUUGAGUCAUCAAGUGAUGCAGAGUUCAAUAGGAUUAGGUCAUCACCACCACCAAAGUUCAAGUUCUUGAGGGAUGCUGAGGACAAACUUCAUAGAAGAAAGAUGAUGGAUGAAGCUCCUUCAAAUUCAAUGGGGUCCUCUGUCACACUAAUUGUUGCUAAUUAGAACAAAGAAAGAUCAAUCAAGUUCUUCACUGUACCACCUAACAGGAAUCCCAAAUGAAUUUUUUUUUUUUCCUUAGAAAUUUUCUAUUUUUGAGAUUUGGGUUUUUUUUUAUUUUUAAUUUUUUUUUUAUUCAUAAUUUAGUUAGGGGUGUUUGGGAUGAAUGUGAUCGUUGAUUUGCAAAACCCUAAUGUUGUAAUGGAACUUGAAUUUUAAAUGGGGAGACAGAAUUCUGUGCAAAUUGGGCAAUAUGAUGGUGAGAGAUGGUCUGACACUGGUGAUAGUGCGGGGACCUGUGAGGUGGUUUGUUUUAUUCAAUCUCCAUGUCGCUGAGUUGUCUGAUACCUGUAAUCAUUCAUGUGAGUGAUAUUAGUACAGAUGCGUCUGUCUAUAGCACUGUAAUAUUUUAGGACCACAAGGUUUUUUGUUUUUGUUUA